CGUUGCAACAUCAGCAGCUUCGAAGUCUCAGCAGCAGUCAUGAUCGCCGCAAGCACCAAGUCCAUCCUCCUCGCCCUCGUCUUGCUGGCCACCUUGUGCAGCCUGGCAGCCGCCCACUUCGGCUACGGCGGUUUCGGUGGCUACGGACGCGGCUAUGGCUACGGGCGCUACGGAGGCUACGGCCGCGGCUACGGCGGUUACGGGGGCUACGGCCGUGGCUACUAUGGUGGCUACGGAGGCUACGGUCGCGGAUAUGGCUUCUACGGUUAAAGAAGCACCUCUUAACGCCGACUGCCUCCAACGAGACUACGAACCGACGCGCCCGCAACUGGAAUACAUCUACGAGUAACGCCCUGGAAUGAAA